AUGGGCCGCCACUACUGCGACUACUGCGACAUUCUCCUCACGCACGACUCGACGAGCGUGCGCAAGGCGCACAACUCGGGCCGCAACCACCUGCAGAAUGUGCGCGACCACUUCAUGAACCUCGACCCGGCCGUGUGCAACGAGAUCGUCGCCGGCGUGGCGGCGCAGUACGAGCGCGAGGGCAAGCAGAAGCCGCCGGCGCUCAUGCAGGGCGGGCCGGGCUUUGGGCCGGGCGGCAUGGGCGGCGGCGGCUUUGGCGGCUACCCGGGCGGCGGCAUGACGUUUGGACAGGGACCGAUGAGCGGAGGUGAGUGUGCGCACAGAGGAGUGGCAGGUGGGCUGCAAAGGGAGCGUGGCAGCUGGCGAUGUGGAGCUCGGAGAGCAGGUGCAACGAGGGACGCGAAGCGGCGGAUGGGCAGGGCUGGAUCCGGCGCUGCGCGCAAGCGGCUGCAGCGAGCAAGCGUGGGGUCGCGUACCCAGCCGCACUGCGAGGCCUGCUGCUGUGCUGCAGAGAGCUCGCGAAGGACUCGGCUUCCAGCCGGCUGCUGA